AUGUGGUGGUUCUAUCGGAAAGGCCCAUCGGGCUUCGCCGGCGCCUCCACGGCCGAAGAGGUCACCGCCGGCACCGACGGUCGAGGCUUGGUCGCCGUCAUCACAGGUGCGUCGAGCGGCAUCGGACGGGAGACGGCGCGCGUGCUGGCGCUGCGCGGCGUGCGCGUCGUCAUGGCCGUCCGCGACGUCUCCGCGGGGAUCAUGGCCAACGAGGCCAUCCAGGCCGAGCUCCACGGCGGCGCGGAGGUGGACGUGCUGCAGCUGGACCUCAGCUCCAUGGCUUCGGUGAGGAGAUUCGCCGACGAUUUCGGCUCUCUGAACCUGCCCCUCAACAUCCUCAUAAACAACGCUGGGGUCAUGACGAGGGACUGCACGCGUUCCUGCGACGGCCUGGAGCUGCACUUUGCGACGAAUCACAUCGGACAUUUUCUUCUCACAAACCUCUUGCUGGAGAACAUGAAGAGCGCCAGCCGGAACAGUGGCAUCCAAGGAAGGAUCGUCAACGUAUCGUCCGCGGGGCAUAUCAUGACCUACCCUGAAGGCAUAUGUUUCGACAAACUGCACGACCCUUCAGGCUUCAGCAGCUUCAUCGCUUAUGGCCAGUCCAAGCUUGCAAACAUCCUGCACUCAAAUGAGCUAUCUCGAAUUCUCAAGGAAGAAGGGGUGAACAUUUCAGCAAACACGGUCCAUCCCGGUGUCAUCGCGACAAGCCUCUUCAAGAAUAGGACUAUUGUCAACGCUCUGAUGAACACCCUUGGAGGAAUCAUAAGCAGAAGCGUUGAACAGGGUGCUGCAACGACAUGUUAUGUGGCGAUGCACCCUCAAGUGCAGGGGAUAACUGGUGGAUAUUUCGGCAACUGUAAUAUAGCCAAGCCAAGCUCGCAAGGAGUAGAUGCAGAGUUGGCGAAGGAGUUGUGGAAAUUUAGCUUGCAGAUAGUGUCUUCUUGAU